GGCUUUUGUUGAUUGCGCAGGCAAGAUUCUGGUGCCACCUGGAAAGUAUGUUGGCAUUUCUGAAUUCGCUGCGUUUGUGAAGAAGGAGAUGUUUAUUCCAGAGCUCUUUCACAGUUUCGCCAGCGAAAUCGAAGCAAGGCUGAAUGAUCUUACCACAAAUUUCCACGAGGAGAACCGAAUCAACGAUGCAGCAGCGGGAAUCUCAGACUUACAACUUCAGAAUGCCGACGAGCCUGAAUUCGAUGCGGCGACUGGAAGAUCAAAGGAAGAUGCUCAAAACACUUUAGCCACACAACGCAAGAGGGAACUUCUAUCGAAGUGCCAUGCGGCUUUUGAGACUGAGCUGUCGAAACGACUGGAGAAAAACAUCGGAGAAACCCUGAAAUUGCUGUUGAGCCACCUCGAAUGGGUCGCGAACGAAGCUCAAAUCUCGACGGUGCGGGGCCAGCUGAUGCAGGCAUGGAGUGAUGAGGUGGCGCCGAAGCUACUACAAUUACACGAGCGACUGGUUUUAAGUGCUUCGAAGAGUGCAGGAGCGGCUCUUGCUGGGUCUUCGCCUGGAGCGCUGUCGAAUGCGUCUGCGCUAUCAAUCCAUACUGCGGUGAGCACGGAUUUGUCGUCUGAUGUGAAGAUGGGGAAUGCGGCGGUAGCCUUGGUACCAACAACUUCUCUCGAGAAGACAGCAUCAACUCCGGCCGAGGCGCUAGCGCUUGCUUGGCAAACCAAUGACUUGGACUAACUGCGCGCAGCACGGCAGUUAAAAAAUAUGGUCACAUCGGUAAAGCGAAAGUGUGAUUAUCUCGCUCGUUUCUUUGAUUUAUCCAGAAAGCGUAAGCCGAAUGCCACAUAUGCCAUGAUAGUGGAAAUCGCUGCGAAGAACAAGCGCGGCGUGCGCGCACAGCAAAAGGCCGACACCACGAAGGCGAACCUCUCCACACUGCACAACAUGGACCGUGACGAAUUCUUGAGAUACUACAGCCAACCGGAAGUUUGCCAAACGAUUUUACACGCGGUGAUCGAUACCGUGAACAUGCGCGAGUUCGAGAACCAGGUAGUAGCGAUUUGUGGCCCAGA